AUGUCCGGACGGCAAGGCGGAAAGGCGAAGCCACUGAAGGCGCCAAAGAAGGACAACAAGGAUUUGGACGAUGACGACAUCGAGUUCAAGAAGCGACAACUUGAAGAAAAGAAGAAGCUCGCCGAAGCAGCGAAGAAGGCCGGCGAGAAGGGACCCCUCGUUGGCGGUGGCAUCAAGAAAUCCGGCAAGAACACGUGUAUCCGAGUCAUGAUAUUGGGCGAGGCGACGAUUAUUUACCAUGGUUCCUCUACUAGUUUUCCUAGCGUAUUUUUGUUUUUGAGCCAUGACCGGCGGGCGAUGAUUGUGGCUGAAAACAAGGGC